CCCCGCCAUGCUGUUGCUUGCUCGCAGAAGCAGUCUUUCCCACCAUUAUUCAAUGCCACAUCUUAACCCUCCUUCCUGAGCAACAGAAAUGGAACCCUUGCCAGAUGCUAUAUGGGCUGAUGCCUCGCAAUUUUCUUGUAAUUUUUCCAAUGGCGCCAUUCAAUGCAGUGAACUUCAGGGGCAGAGGGAGCUUAGGAUUGCCAUAGAUGAUGUGAUCUGCAUCCUACCGCAUGCUAGCCAGGAUGGAAAGAACUACAACAUGCUCUAUCUACGAAAUGGUCGAAAAGAGGCGACUUCUGUUCCUCCGGGAGAUUGUGGGUCUUCUCUGGCAAGUAUACAAUUGGUUUCUCCACCAUCAACGCUACUAUCACGAUAUUUCUGUGCGGAACUUCCCCAACAUCUCAAGCCUUCGGUGGACCAGGUGAUUGAUCUUCAUGUCAUUAUCUCGACUCCCUCAGGGACCGGGAAGGCUAAGAAUUUCUUCAAAAACAUUGUACAACCGUUCUUGGCACAUAUCGGAUUGACAGAGUAUGAAGUCCAUGAGACACAAUCAGCGCAAUCUAUACUCGAACUCUGUCAAUCAAGGCUUAUUGGUCGUGCAAAACUUGGUUUUACACAAACAAUUAUUCUUCUUUCUGGGGAUGGUGGCCUGAAUGAUAUUGUCGAUUCAUUCCAUGGUGCUGUCGGUGUUUCACUUGUUCCUCCAAUCGUCGCUCUGAUACCGAUGGGGACAGGUAAUGCCAUGGCAAGCUCAUUAGGGCUGCUCUCUCGCCCGACAGCAGGCUUGACUGUCCUGCUGAAAGGGUCACCGAAACCUAUACCCACCUUAGUCGCUAAUUUUUCUCCUGGUGUGCAAUAUGUCACGGAUGAGGGUCACACUCUGAUUCCUAUGCUUGAUAGCUCCAUGACCCAGUCCUCAGUGAAUUCAAUUCACGGCGUGGUUGUCGCGAGCUGGGGUUUCCACGCUGCCUUAGUUGCUGACAGUGACACUUCGGAAUAUAGAAGGUUCGGAGCCGAGAGGUUCCAGAUGGCAGCCAAGGAGCUCCUUUUCCCUUCUAGCGGCGUCGAGACGCACAGGUAUAAAGGUAAUAUCACAUUAUUCCGGUCUAACAUAGCGACCAAUGAAAACUCCCUGGACACCCUAGAAUGCGGAGAACACAUGUACGUACUGGCUACACUCGUUCCAAGGCUCGAGAAAGACUUUCUCAUCUCGCCGGAGUCGGUUGCAUUGGAUGGCAGGUUGAGAAUAAUCCGUUUUGGCGCCGUCUCCGCAGAAAAGGCCAUGCAACUAAUGUCUCUCGCGUAUGAUGGGGGCCGGCAUGUACACGAAAGCAGCGUCCUCUACACGGAAGUUGAAGGCUUCAGAAUCGAUUUUCGUGAGGUUGAGCAGAAGUGGAGGCGAGUUUGCAUAGAUGGGAAAAUCGUCAUCAUUGAGGAAGACGGCUGGAUGGAAGUGCUGAAAGGAUCUACGGGUCGCGUAAAUAUACUGGUUUGAUGGCUUGAACACCAUGUGUUCAAGUGAUUUCCCAUAUACUCGUCUUGACCUGACAAGGUGUCUUCAACGAGAUCAAUGAUAGGGGGUGGGACCGAGGGCGCCGAGUGCCCUCGAUACAUAUGCAUCAGAGAAAAUAUUCGAAUGACCACGGGUGGCGGUCUUCACUUACAUCGGGCGUUAGGCAUUCGUGUACAUCCAGGCUGGCCGUGAGAAUAGAAGCAUAUGGGAACAUGUACUAGUCUGAUUCACGGGAUACUUAUUAUCAAUUCUGGAAAUGCUCC